AUGAAUCUUAUAAAAUUAGUCCAAUUACAAUCUUUUAAAUUUGAUUUAAUUAACAGUAAAGUAAAAAUUUCCAAUGAUUUAUAUAAAAAACAUUUUUUAGAACAUUCGUUACAGAUAAAAGCAUUAGUUAUUAACGUUAAAGUUAAUUUUUAUUUUCUUUAG